AUGGCGUCGCUUUCACUUCCUCCGUCCCAGCCGGGAUUCCCGACACAUUUCGACACUCCAUCCAGCGACCAUACUCGACACCGCAGCAUGCAUGCACCGUUGCCUAACCCUCCAUUCGUCUUUCCGGCCCACGAUCCUGAAGCCUCCAACACCCAAUCGGCCGCCCCUGAACAUCGGGAACGGGCCGCAUUGCCCGCAUUCUCGUUCAAUCCUGGUUCUGAACCGCAGUCAUCUCACCUCUCAGCACCAUCAUUGGGAAAUCCUCGAGCCGGUGGGCACCGUCGGCGACCAAGCGAGUUUGUUGGGACUGAUCAAUUGGUGACACCCGAAACAACCGCGCCAUGCGACAAGCGCGACGAACCAUCGGCAGCAGCUCAACCUUUUCCACCCCCAGGGCCUGGGGUUGGUAGGAUCCCUGGACGACGGAACCACGCCCAUCGACGCUCAGCUGCCAUCUCCGGUGUCGAUUUAAAUGCAAUCGCUAAAGCACUGGGCCCUAAUGGAGGAAGUGCGCCCUGUACACCUGCCGAUCCCAAUCACAAAUCAACAUCCGAUUUCCCUGCGCGACCACUGUCACAAUCCGGAAUUACCCUCGGCCGUCCCACGCCUCCUGAGUCCCCUGAAAUUCAGCCUGUCCCUCCGGUUCCGCCCAUCCCGGCGGCCAUUCAAGCGGAAAUCGACAUGAACAAUCAGACCUCUCACAUUGCACGACCCGUGCCUGUCGUCUCCCAUGAGACCUCCGACAGUUCAACAACAAUCAAGUUUCACCAAACGGAGAAGCCGCUGAGUCCUCAGCCGGUAACACCGAGAGCUGAUCACAAGCCAAAACCUCGGCCGAAGACUGCCGAUCCGUCUUCGAUGAUGGAUUUCAUGCAAAUGGGGGAUGAUUCUGGAGUUUCCUCUAUUAAGCGUUCGCAUUCGGCAGCUGGGCAUUCACGGGCCCGUAAGAGCAAAUCAACACCCCAUCUCGAUUCCACCCUCUCGCCCGAUGAUAUCAUUUCCACGGGCCAUUCUCGUCAUUCUUUCUCCGACGACGGCUCCGAUACAUCUGGGGACGAAACGACAGAGGAUUCGCCAUCCAAAAAGUCCACUUCGAAGUCGAAACUGAAGAAACAGAAGCGUGUUCGUUCAUGGGCCGGUCACAUUCUAACCCGAACUAAGAGCAAGGGCAAGGGUAAACGCCAUACCAAACCUGAAACAGAGGAAGAACCGCCCAAACCUCGAGCUCCUACACAUCGCCCUCCCGCUCUUACUCGGACAAACUCAGAGGCCGGAUCAGUUCUAGAUGUCGAUUUUGAUAACGACGUUGUUGUCAUCCGCACCCCCACUAAUCCAAGCAUGCCACCUUCCGCCCUAGAACCUAUUCAGAAUGACUGCCAGAAUGAUGGCUCUUCCCCUUUGCCUGCGCCUACUCUAGAAACCUCGUGGAAACCGAGGAGCUUUUAUGAACAGGAUGUCGGCCCCCCUGAUAAUGUGCUAAGCAGCCCUAUUAUUGACCUUGAUGCUGCACUUGGUCCAUUCAAUACCCCAGAUAUGCGGCCAGUAGCGCCAGGUGCUACCAAUAACAAUUUCUCCGUUGCCACCCAGCGGAUGUACAGUGGUGGAAGACGAGGCGAGUUUGUUGGCCCCGAGAUGCGAUACCAUCGGCGCACGGAAAGCGCCCCUGUGAUGCAACCAUUCGAUCGCUCUGCCCUCGGCGCAUUCCGUCUAGGCGGCCCAACCUCCGCCGUCGAAACCCCGGAUGUUUUCGACGAGGAGGAAGAGGAUGCUUUCUUGGCUGCCAGCCAGUCACCCAAGGGUGAGCGAGCGCAAUCGCCUAAGCUCGAGCGCCCUCGCUUUGAGUUUCCCUCGAUUGAAAGUGCGGCGGCAUUCUCUUCGUCGGAAGAUGAUGAGAAGUCCGUCCAUAGCAACGACACCGCAGACACCGCCAACACAACUCGAGCCCCAGCUAGUAGCAUCUCGUCUCAGAAUGCGGGCCUAGGCAUCCAUCGAGGUCCCAAAUUUACGCCCACGAACGAGCCAGAAGAAAAAAGCGCAGUUGAACAAGUACGGACUGCCAGCAAUCCUUUCGCUAGCAAGCCUCGAAGUCCCGUGGAGAUACUCAAGGCGGAAGAACCUGCCCACAAAUCUGUUGGACCCCCGAGCCCCGACAUUUCUCCCCGAUUCCUUGCUAUCGACAAGCGGCCGUCCACGUCUCCCAUUGAGCUUUUGCCUAGCAUUCCGCCAUUUGCCCUGCAUCCCGGAGUCUCGCCAUCUGAUACAUCAUUCCCAUCUCCGGAUGCUCCACGAUCAAUUGCGGCAUCCUCAAUGACAGAUCGGAACUUCUCAAGUCACUCGUACCAUCAUCUUCCUUCGGCUGAAUAUCCCUAUGCAUCAGUUGAAGAUGUUCCAUCUUUAACCAGCAGUGCAUCAACCAUGACCAAUACCUUGAACCGCUUUUCCGCAGCCUCGUUCUUCCCUCGCGGCCGCCUCUCUACCGAUCGCGCUGCAUCAUUCUCGGCUGCUGGAACCCGGCGCACCAGCCAGGCUAACGCUACAAAGCGCUCCAGUCUAGCCAGCCUUUCCAAGCUGGUCGGCGGCCCCCUUUCAGAGCGGAGCAAACUUAACCAGGAGGAGAAACCCCCCGGUGACGCUUCAGACAAAACGAAAAAGAAGGGCCGCCGCAUUAGCCGCUUGAUGCACUUCUGGAAAGUCAAGGACAAGGAAAAGCCCAUCAACGAAGCGAACGAACGACCACAGUCGUAA